AAUCAAUUCUCCGAGGCCGCAAGCGAUCGUGAUCGGCCGCUUACGAAAAACAUCAUCGAUCAAAAAUUCAUACGAGCAGCAAACUCCGAACGCCGGCAUAGUACAUCGACCGCGGAUACCUCGUCGCUUUGGGUAUUGCUACAGGCAGUGCAAUGGCUAGCCCUCAGAGCCUGCUUGUAAGCCUUUCGAACUCGACGCAAUCCUUUCUGCAACCACCCUCUUCUCUCCACCUCGAGGCACUAGCCUGCGUCAAGGCCCUCCUCGAUCCUUUGGCUGCCAAUGUCGCAGACGCACAAAAGACGAGACGGGAUCAAAACAGGAGGAAGAGAAAACGAGGUGAUUUGGAGAGGGAAGAAGAGAUCCUACAACUGCGCCAGGUCUACACCAGUGGCCUCGGAUUAAAGCAAGUAUGGGAACAAGCCCGCAGGGUCCUGGAUGCCGCAUGCUCCGAGGUCGAAAGAGAGGUUGCCAUUCAAAAAGACCAAUCACAUCGGCCAAGUUUAUCAAACGGCCUCGAUGGUGACAAGACUCAAGAAGAGGAGUUAAGUGAAGACCAGGAUGAAGAGGCGGACAUGGUCGAAGACGGGGAUCUAGAAGAUGAUAUCUCUGACGAAGAAAUGCUGGACUAUGGCGAAGACUACGACGAUGAAGAUGAGGAUGAAGAGAUCGAGGAUGAUCUUGAAGCGGAAGACUUCGCUUCAGACGCGGAGGAAGCUGACCCCGGCACUUACUCUCAAGAUCCCAACGGUCUAAAUGAUGGCUUCUUUUCGAUCGACGACUUCAACCGGCAGACCCAGUUCCUUGAACAGCAAGAUGUACGCGGCGAGGACGACAACCCCAGUGAAGAAGAUGACAUUGACUGGGACGCCGACCCGUUGGCCAUGCCCUUCCACGAACCAAAAGGCAACCCCGAAAGCAAGAGCAAAAACAAAGACCAACCCCCAGAGCAAGGCGAUGACUCCGACAGCGAGGACGGACCCACCUUUGGCAACGCCGACCUCAAUGCCGACGAAAGCGACGAAGACAUGACUGACGAAGAAAAUCUCGACCUAGAAGAUGGCAUGCCUGGCUUAUCCAACACAAACGAAGUUCGCUAUGCCGACUUCUUCGCCCCUCCACCCAGGAAGCUAACGAAAACAAACCGCAUGCGAGCCUUACCCAAAACUCAACCCGCCCCUCAAUCUCGGGCACAAGCAGAAGACAUGGAAGGCGACAUGGAGCGCGCCAUGGCCGACGUGCGCCGCGACCUCCUGGAAUCGGACGAAGAGGUUUCCGACGUCGAAUCUGGUUCCGACAUUGACGACCUCAAAGUCUCGAAGAAGAACAUGUCCACACAUGAGCGUCAACGUGCUCUCAUCGCUUCCGAGAUCCGACGCCUCGAGGCCGCCAAUGUCGCGAAACGCGACUGGACGCUCUCCGGCGAAGCCCGUGCCGCCGACCGCCCGCUUAACUCCCUGAUCGAAGAGGACCUAGAAUUCGAGCGCGCCGGCAAACCCGUGCCCGUGAUCACCGCCGAAGUGUCCGAGGAAAUCGAGGAGCUGAUCAAGCGCCGCAUCCUUGCCCGCGAAUUCGACGAAGUCGUCCGCCGGCAUCCGGACGCCAUCGGCUCUACAAACGGCACACGCCGUGGUCGCACCGAGCUUGACGAUACCAAGCCCGAGUCUGGUCUCGCCGAGAUUUAUGAACAAGAACACCUCCGCGCGACAGAUCCGGGGUACGUCGAUAAGCGAUCGGCCGCGACGAAGAGGCAGCACGAGGAGAUUUCGCGCCUGUGGAAGGACGUUUCAGCGCAGUUGGAUCUGCUGAGUAACUUGCACUUCAAGCCGAAGCGGGUCGAGGCCGAGAUCAAGACGGUCGAGGAUAAGCCGACGAUCAGCAUGGAGGAUGCGAGACCCGCGGGCAUGGGCGUCAAUGCCGACGAUAGUAUGCUGGCGCCGCAGGAGGUUUAUCGUCCCGGCGACGAGAAGCGCACUGGGGAUAUCGUGGUCCGCAAACGUGGGGCGAAUGUGAACAAGGACGAACUGAGCCGGGAGGAGAAGCUCCGUCGACGAAGGAGGGAGAAGGAGCGGAUGAAGAAAGCGCAGGACCACCAGGGUAAGACUGUCGUGAACGGAGCCCGAACGGGGGCGGCGGGCACGACAUCUGCAAAGGGCAAGAAGUCCAAAGCCCAAGAGAAAGCGGAUCUCCUGUCUGACCUGCAGAAGGGCAAUGUCAAGGUUAUCGACAAGAAGGGCGAGUUGCAGGAUCUGGCUACCAGCAAGAAGGCGAAGAGAGGCGCGCGCGACGCUGGUCAACCGGGUGGAGGAGCGCUGAAGUUGUGAUGUCCUCGUAUUAUUCGCCUGAGGAGAGCUUUUUCGAUUGCAAAGCUCAGUUGACGUGCUACGAGCGAACAGCGAAAAUGUGCCGCCACCCCGUCCAGCCUGUGGUGGAAGUGGAUUUCCAAGUCCUGCAAAACAGAUACCCACAAUCCAAUUCAAUGCUACUAUUA